AUGCUUCUCAACUUCCGCCUCGUCGCUACUGGCCUUGCCGCCUUGGCUGGUUGUGCCCAGGCACUCAACAUGGCCAACUUCACAACCGAUGAAGUAGGUUGUGGUACUCCUGGCCUGAGCCUGGAGGAAAGGAAACACUCAGAGGAAGUCCUCGCGCAGGGAAACAACACUACAAAGCGUCAAGAGGCCCAAAAACACAGGAUACCAGUACAUAUUACUGUUUUAGCCAAGGACAACACCGUCAAUGGCGGCAAUAUUAAAGACAGCCAAAUCCGACAAGUACUAGAUGAUUUCAACAGAUUCUAUUCCUAUGGUUUCUACCUCGAUGUCUCGGUCGACAAGAUCCAUCGCUAUACGCGUCCCGACCUUUUUCAUCCUAACUCGGGGAUGUUUACUGGAAAAUCCGACGACAUCAAGAGGCAAUAUCAUCGGGGUGAUGGUGACUAUGCCUCAUUGAACAUUAUCUUCCUUUUUCGCCUUGAAGACUGGUACAAGAACGAGACCACUACCCAGUGGGGGCCUAAUGGUGACACCUGGACCUCAUGGAGCAGUAGUUCCGGAGGCACUAUGGGCUCGUCUUCUAUCCCCGGUGCCGAACUUUGGAAGUAUAGCAACGCAGAGGAUAUCGAGAAAACAGACGGCCUGGUCGUCUCCUCUGCCAUCAUUCCGAAUGUAGCUUAUCCGGGGUAUAAGGGAUCGUUGGCUUUAUUCGCCCAUGAGGUUGGCCACUGGCUUGGACUAAAGCACACAGAUUACUCGAGCAUCGAAGAAGCCUGGGGUAGAACGGCCUGCGAUCCGGUUAACGACGGUAUUGAUGAUACUCCAACUCAUAUCUUGGACGCCAAGGUGAGAGAGACUAUGCUGUCCUGCCCUUCAAGAGGCCAAGUCAACACCUGCCAGCAUCUUGAUAGUAGGCCUGACCCCAUCUAUAAUUUGAUGAUCUCAACGCAUUUCGGCUGCGAGAUGGAUGGCUUAACAGAUGGCCAGAAGCAAAGAACGUUGGAGGUGUUCGAAAAAUUCCGCAAGCCUUAUAAAGGGCAGAUGCAGCAGAAGGGACGUUGGGUGCAGCCGCAAGGUCAACAGUCGCAGGGUCAACAGCCGCAGGAGGAGGAGGAGCCGCAGGAGGCGGAGCCGCAGGAGGAGGAGAAGCCGCAAGAAAAGAAGCCGCAAGAGAACGAGCCCCAAGGAAACGAGCCGCAGGAAAAGGAGCCGGAAGAUCAACAACCGCAAGAUGGGCAGGGCGAUUGGCGGCAGAAGGAGGUUGCGCGGCUGCAGUCGGAGAGCAAAAAGCGCUGGGACGACUUCCGUCGCGAGCAAGACAAGUAUCGUCAACAGCUGCAGCAAACCGAUCAGCAGAAUGGGAAGAACUGUUUCAACCAGGUGGAGCAAGAUUACAAGCAGCGUGAAAAAUCGCUGAAGGAGUCGAUGUGGGAAAAGUACAACCAACUGCAAGCUGAACGCAAUGAAAUGUGGGAGUGGCUCGAGCAAUACUGGCAGCAACCGCAAUACAGUCAGUGGGCCGACGAAGAAUGGGAGCGGCGGGAAAAGGAUUAUGCGGGACGGCAGAAGGAGUAUGAGCAGGAAGAACGCGGGUAUUGGCAGAACCUGGACCAAGACACACAGGAGGGACAAGAGUGGUGUAAAGAGGAGCAACGAAAGGCAAAUGACCAAAGCCAACAGGACUUUCGUAAGUGGGCGGAGGAGUAUGUCAAGUACCUUCAGGACAAUGACAGCAGGGCUCAGCAGUACAUUGAUAGCCUGUGA